CAGUAGUAAAAAAAAAUCUGGUAGCCAUGAAUUUGAGCUAGCUAGCCACCGAUAGCUGUCAAUACAUUUGAGUAAAAACAUCCAUGUCAAGACACACGAAGGACAUUCGAAAUCUAGUGCUGCUUCUGUGUACAUAUAGGGGCACACCAGCGUGCCUGCCAGCCUACAAUAAAUCGAUCCAGCUGGCUCAGUGACUGGACCAGAAAACCUUGGCACCAUUGUGUGCCAGUUCAUUUUCAAGACCCAGGGAUUUUAGAUUCCAGAAGAUGAACGGUCUGUCUAUACGAGAGCUAUGCUGCCUCUUUUGCUGCCCUCCGUGCCCCAGUCGCAUUGCAGCCAAACUGGCCUUCCUCCCCCCAGAGCCCACCUACGCCCUUCUCCCUGACCCAGAUCCAGGUUCUGGAGCUGUAACGGCAUCUGGGUCCAGCUCAGGGGCUACUUUACCAUCUCUUGGAGCCCCAGGACUGCGUUCUCGCCUGGGAGCUAGUAGUGGAGGUGACAGAGGAGGUGGAGGUGGAGGUGGAGGAGGAAGCAGUGGAGGUGGGGGUAGUGGUGGGGGAGAGGGAAGGUGGAAGCUGCACCUCACAGAGAGAGCAGAGUUCCAGUACUCACAAAGAGAGCUGGAUGUGACUGAUGUAUUCCUGACCAGGUCUAGUCGAGGAAACCGGGUUGGAUGCAUGUACAUACGCUGCGCCCCAAAUGCCAGGUUCACAGUGUUGUUUUCACAUGGAAAUGCAGUAGACCUGGGCCAAAUGAGCAGCUUCUACAUUGGCUUAGGCACGCGCAUCAACUGCAACAUCUUCUCCUAUGAUUACUCGGGCUACGGUGUUAGCACUGGCAAGCCGUCCGAGAAGAACCUUUAUGCUGACAUCGACGCUGCCUGGCAUGCCCUGCGCUCACGGUAUGGCAUUAGCCCUGAGAAUAUCAUCCUGUAUGGGCAGAGUAUCGGUACAGUUCCUACCGUAGACUUGGCGUCACGGUUUGAGUGUGCUGCGGUGGUCCUCCACUCUCCUCUUACCUCUGGAAUGAGAGUGGCCUUCCCUGACACCAAGAAAACAUACUGCUUUGAUGCCUUCCCUAACAUAGAGAAGGUGUCUAAAAUCCCAUCUCCGGUGCUGAUCAUCCACGGUACAGAGGACGAGGUGAUCGACUUCUCCCACGGCCUUGCCCUGUUUGAGCGCUGUCCUAAAGCCGUGGAGCCCCUGUGGGUGGAGGGAGCUGGUCACAACGAUAUUGAGCUUUACAGUCAGUACCUGGAGAGGCUACGGCGCUUCAUUAACCAGGACCUGGCUGCACAGCAUGCCUGAGAAAUAUACAACAGCCUCUCUGCAUCAGUGUAAAAGAAACUGUGUGCAUGUGUGUGCGACUUUGUGAGAAAGUGGAUGCCAGCAUGGUUGGAAAUUGUAUGUGUGUGUGUGUGUGACCUAGACCUAAAGGGAAUUGUGGUUUUUGUCCUAUCUGUGUGUCUUUGAAACAGCACACUUUUAUGUUACUUUUGAACAAAACAACGUCAAAGGUUUCCUCUUUUAAAUCUGAGAACAGUUUUUAAUGUAUCAUCAGUUAUGCGGUGGAUUGCAGUAAAACACUAAAAAGAAAAUCUGAGAUGAAUGGCUUCACUCAGGAGAUGCUUUGUCAUCUCUUGAGGAAUUCUAAUGUGGGAAAAGAUAUGAGCUUUAGGAUUUAUUUAAAAGUAACAAUGAGCUUUGUCCAAAAGGCACACAGAUGAAAUUUACAGUGUGUUAUGUUAGGGAAUGUAUGCUGCUAUGUAUGUAAGUAUGGAGUGAAGUGUAUAUUCAUAUCUCCAUGGACCGGUGACACCUGAGUAAUCUGUGUACAUGUUGUGUCUGUGAGAGUGUGUGGUCAUGGCAGCGCUGAGAGAAAUGAAGGACAUCCUGAUGACUUGGAUUAGCUACAAGUGGAGGAGGCGCAAUGGAGACUUAUCAUUAUUGGUGUUUUUUUUUUUUUUUUAAUUGUUUGUUUUUUUUGUGUGUGCUAGUAUGAAGAAUACCUCCACAGCUUGACCAGUUACUCUCCAAUGGACAAACUUUGGUCAAGCAUGUGUCCUCCCCUCCACUUCUCUUUGUUUACCUGAUAAUGGACAUCCAUCUGACUGCCAGGGCGUCUCCCAAGUUGUUGUCCAGCUAACACUAACCUACUCUGUGUGGUUUGGGGGUCCAUCUCCUCUCCUUCGGUGUCAGUUAAGGUGGACAUACAAAGACUUGUCUGGAAUACUGUCUUAACUCUUCUGGCUGUUGGGUGUCUUCUACCUGUACUUCAUAUCCCCUCAUUUUUGACUCUGGGGGGAAAAGAUUGCAAAAUGGCCAACUUCCACUUCAUUUCCUGGCUGUGUUGUAAUUCUAAUCUUUUACUAUCCACUGAAUUGCAGCAGCGACUUAAAAGGAAUGGUUCUGAAUUUCCUGUGUUGCUUUUCCCCCACACAGUCUGACAUUUUUGUGAAUCGCAGAGGUUAUACUAAUGUUAGUGUGGCUGAAAUGGAAUCAGGUUUUAAGGGCCACACUGUGGGUCUGGUCAGCUGGUGUAAUAAAACUGCUCUAGUAGAGCCAGUUCACAGACGGCAGCAGCCCAACAAUGUUUACUAAUGUAUAAUGUUGGCACGUUCGACAGACUGCACUGUGUUGGGAACAGCAGGAAUAUGUAAGAACAAGUCACAUUGAAGUCUGAAGUGCAGCUGUUGACGACGUCUGUGAAUAAUUUGUACUCUCUUCUAGUGAUAACACAUGUCAAGCUUGGGGCUAGAAUCUGGAGGCUCUACGGUGAUAUACUAAUGAGAAUUACGCUCAUUUUGUGCAGAAUAAUCACAAUCUCCUGUAAUGAAAAGGUUGACUAGUCUUACUGCACACUUUGUUUUCCAGUUGCACUCAUCACCUGUUCAUAUUCACCCACAGCGUACUUUUUUUUUUUUUCCUUAAUGUAAUUGAUCAUGACGUGUUUGUUGUAGUGUAGGGCCAUAGAUUGAUUGUUCUGAACCUUGUGUGUCGACGUGAUGACUUAACAAUGUGAUUUAGAUCGGGCGCCAGGACGGUGACAUCAUGCCUACUAGUUUUGUUUAACCUCUGUGGCCCUAAUGUACAGACGCUCUCAUAUGGGUGGCAGCGCGCUUCACGUCUGACCCAAGCCAUAUUUGAGCCUCUCACUGUUGGUGUGGUGCAGGUUACACCACACGCACCUUUGCACAUCAUCACACACAUUCAAUCACAGCAUAUACAUGCAUACACGCAUUAUCCAUAUACUGUAUUGUACAGUAUAUUUACAUGUUUAUAUAUAUCGGAUCAAGCAUGACAAAAGCAGGUCUUAAGUUCAGCACUAUUGUACAAAGCAUCCAAAGUGUAAUAAGGGUAUAAAAUGUAAAUUUGUGUGUUUUCUCCAUUAUUAUUGACUGUGUAUUACAGGCCAGCGGAAAGGAUACUUGCAUCCAUUUGCAUCCCUGUGUGUAAACCUCAAAGUACAAGCAGGUUUCCAUGUGAUCUUGUCCACUCAUCAGUUUCAGUGAUAGAAGCUGUGUUUUGUUGAAGGGAACACGAACUAGCCCUGAUCUGAUUACUCCAUUUUUGGAGUACAAGUGGGUCUUACCAAGCGGCAGAAAGGUCACCAAACCCCACUUGCUUCGUGUCAUCAGUUUGAACAGGGAAUCUUUCCAUUCUCAUCCUGCACUUUGUGUCUCAAAUGUUUAAAUAGUGGAAAUCUGUUACCAUCUUUAACCAGGGAUCUGAUCUGUCACAAGCAGUGAAGGAGAAUUAUUGCCUCUCUCUGGAAGUAGAAGUAGGCCUCAGUUUUUCCUGGACAGGUCAUGUUAUCAGGGAAACCACUGGAUCCACCUUUUACGGGGUCUGGGUUAAGGAAGGGGGUGGAAUUUUACAGUUUUAUUGAUGCACCACUAUGGUUCACAUAUAUUGUAUCCUCUGGCCCUGAAUGUUUAUCGAUGAGGGAGGGAGGGAGGGUGGGCGGGGGGUUAGAACAGUUAAAACUGUAUGCAUGUCUAUUGUGUUUUGCAGAGCAAGUGACAGGGUGGGACGUAAUCUCUAUUAUGUAUUCUAUGUGAGGGUAAAACUGAGCUCAUGGCAUUGGAACAUUGAAGCGCUUUUUAAAAAAAACGGGACGUUUAUUUGAAUUUUUUAUUGCUGAUACUAACUGAUGUAUUGUUAUGAGUUUUGUGCUAGAGUUUGAGAUGGGCAGUGGGUGGGGGGCUAGACAAUAUUAGUGGGCUGUUUAUAUGGUUACUGUACUUACCUAUUCUAUUCUUUGUAUUAUGAUUUGUAAUUUUAUGUUGCUUUUUUUGAACUGAGACUAUGAUGUAAUGAAAUUAAUUCAUGGGACUGAAUCUUGACCUUUUUAUGGACAACAAAUAAUAAAAUAUCACUUAUGUACAAAACAUGA